UUUGAACCAAACUGAAACUACCCCUAAGGUUCAUAGUUCUCGAUCAAAUUCUUGAAGGGGUUACAACAUAUACAAAUAAAGGUUCUAAUCGGCUCAAGCUCAGCGCCAACACUUUCUCACUACGAAAACCUCUGAUUUAGGAGACGCCGCCGAUGGAAUUCCCCGACGCUAGCUUAUCCCAUGAAUCAGAAUCGCUGCCAGUUCUUCCCUCAGAAAUACUAUAUGAAAUACUCCUAAGGCUACCCGUGAAAACCUUAUUAAAGAUGAGGUGCGUUUCAAAAUCUUGGUUUUCUCUAAUCUCAUGUCCCCAAUUCAUCAAAACCCAUCUAAAAUUUUCAACUCAGAACCAAGAUUUUCGGUGUCUUUUUUACGGCUCUCGUGAGAAUAGCCUCACUCUUAACACUUGCUCUCUUGAUGAAAUUAUAUAUCAAGAAGAAUCUCCCCCUAUACCUAUAGCUGUUCAGCUUGAUUUUCCUUGCAAUGGCGUCCUGGGUUGUUGUGAAGGGCUGUUUUGUAUUUUUAAUCAAUUUUGGUAUAUAUUUAUAUGGAAUCCAUCUAUAAGAAAGUCGAAAAAAUUGCCCUUUUCAGGACUCGAUCCGCGUUGUGGCCAGAGUUCGUCUUAUGGUUUUGGUUACGUUGAGUGUCAAGAUGAUUACAAAGUUGUAGACGUUAAGGGAAAUUCACAUGGUGAUGGUUUUCUGAAUGUAUUUAAGAUUUAUAGUCUAAGAUAUAAUUCUUGGAAAAGGAUUCAAGACUAUCCAGAUAUUACCUUUUGGAUCUAUCCUGGUAAAUUUGUCAAUGGAAGACUUCAUUGGAUCGUCGGUCAUGUUAGUGAUGAAAGUGAUAUGAAUGAUUCAAGGUUUAUUCUUUCGUUAAACCUGGUAGAUGAUGUUACGAAUAUUGAAUUUCAGAGGAAGAAAAAUCUAACUAAAGCUAAGCUAAGCUAAGAAGAGAAGAAAAUA